CACCAUGACGCAGUGGUGGACAGAUCUAGAGAAGUCGAUAUCGACAUCCGCGGCACCACGCCACACCUGCAGGCCCGGCGGUUUUGAAAUUUAGUAAUAGCUGUUGCAUGUACGACUUCUACUUAUUAGUAAACAUUCCUCUCGUCCCUCCCGGUUCAUAGACGGGAACUAACCAUGUCCCGCGAACUGCCAGAGCAGUCGGGCGUAAAUACGGAAGUGCCUCCUCCAGCAUAUUCCGUCCAUCUACAUAACUCGUCCUCAGUGCAACAACCACUUUCUCCUCAUCAACGGAUACCCGGAGCUUACCCUCAGUGCACUCAAUCUCAAUCAUUUUUCGGUUCAAAUGCUGCACCAUCGUUCAUCCCACCAUCACAUUUUGGGCCCACUCCUCUAUUAAACUCUGACCCUACGUUAGGGCUGCUGCCAUAUUACGACCUGCGCUCCCCGUAUGCCAUUGCGGAAGCGACGUCCCGUGCACGUUGGCGUUUCAUUUGUGCUUCCCUGUGGGCAGUCGGUAUCACCAUAUUGCUGCUCGUGGUCGGUGGAUUCAGAGGAUUGCGAGAUAUGUAGGCACCUGCGGCAUAUGUGUCAUUCUGUAGUAAGUAGGUCCGGGGUCACCAUCUUCAUUGUUACUGAGUCGCGCGAAAUGCAGCUUUUCAUAUGGACGAUAUAUUUUGGCCGGCACGCAUAGAUUUUUCCAUGUACGAUAGUUCUGCCCUGUCUUCUUCAGACAAACGCUGAUCACCUUCUCCCCUGUCUGCAGAUGCUCCAUGUAAACAUAUUGUAUCCUGUACAAUACCCAUGGCAAUUUUACUGCAUGAAGUGCAAGGCACUCCUUAC